GUACCCGGAACAACAAAGCACGAAAGACGGAGCCCGAGCCUCGGGGGCUCCUAGCAAAGGGCCGGGGCGGGAGUUCCAUGGAGACUGGGGAGCGCGCCCGCCUCAUCAUCAUCCUUGUCCUCCAGCUUAUCCUUCGCGUCCGACGUAACCUUCUCUGCCGCCGCCCCCUCUUCCCACGGAUGUGAUCUUCGUGGUGGGAAGCUAUGUUUUUAAACUACCCCAAUGGAUGCAGACAGUGAUGUUGCAUUGGACAUUCUAAUUACAAAUGUAGUCUGUGUUUUUAGAACAAGAUGCCAUUUGAACUUAAGGAAGAUUGCUUUGGAGGGAGCAAAUGUAAUUUAUAAGCAUGAUGUUGGAAAAGUAUUAAUGAAGCUUAGAAAACCUAGAAUUACAGCUACAAUUUGGUCCUCAGGAAAAAUUAUUUGCACUGGAGCAACAAGUGAAGAAGAAGCUAAAUUUGGUGCCAGACGUUUAGCCCGCAGUCUGCAGAAACUAGGUUUUCAGGUAAUAUUUACAGAUUUUAAGGUCGUUAACGUUUUGGCAGUGUGUAACAUGCCAUUUGAAAUCCGUUUGCCAGAAUUCACAAAGAACAAUAGACCUCAUGCCAGUUACGAACCUGAACUUCAUCCUGCUGUGUGCUAUCGGAUAAAAUCUCUAAGAGCUACAUUACAGAUUUUUUCAACAGGAAGUAUCACAGUAACAGGGCCCAACGUAAAGGCUGUUGCUACUGCUGUGAAACAGAUUUACCCAUUUGUGUUUGAAAGCAGGAAAGAAAUUUUAUAAUUCAUCACGUAAUUGGUUAGAAUCCCUAACUGAGCACCUUUUAAAACCUGCUGCACAUUGGACUCAAAACAAAAGGAAAACUGGACCAACAUUAAUUGAGGAAGUAGACUCUUUUAUUCAUUCACGGCUACAGUGUAAGCUCCAGGCCCUUUGGAUUUUAUUUCAAACCUUGCUGUAAUAUAAAAAGGAAGUUUACAAGACAUGACAUUGCUGCUUUUACAAAAGGACAUUCUAUUUAUUUUUGCAGUAAUUCUCAUGUCCCCAUAAGCAGAGGUGUCACAGUGUGCACUACCUUAAAUUGUUUCAUUAUUGUCAUUAUUUCUUCCCAGUUUGAGCUAAUGUGUUUUAUUUGUGAAUAGUCUUUUACAUUUUUGUAUGCUGAAUAUGGGCACCAAAGAACCUGUAAAAGUUAUCUUUUUCAAUUGAAUGUGCACAAAUAAAAGUUUGGAAAAGA